UAGGGGUAGGGCAAGGAUGUUCGAACGACCAACCGGCAAGGGGACCCGAUUCAAAAAUCAUUUUGGGCGUGUCCGUUUCGAGCUUUGUCCUUUUCGUCCAGAUGUUUCGUAUGGCCCGUUGUUGACCUUUGUUACCAUCCUCGGCCAAUAGUGACGGCGCGUGUAAAUGCAAGGAGUGGUGGCAAAGAGUGUAAAUACUUUGUCUGGCCAUCUUUUGCCGGGCGAACAGUAGUGAAGUACGCGUUUCCGUUAAACGAAGCUGCAGCGAGGACAAAGGGCGACUUAGAAGCGAAACAGAGUGAGAUAAAGGCCGGUGUAACGAAGAUUGAAUUGACGAAAGUGAACGCAAUCAAAAGAGAUGUCGGCGUUAAGUAUCUUGUUUAGUUGUAUCAUCUUGUGCGUUGCCUUUCAAGGCACAUUUUCUAUACCGAAAAAAAUUGCUGUUCCAACGCAUACGACCAACAAAACCGAGCAUGCCCAUAAAACAUCCAGCCAUAGAGCUCACCAUCCAUUGCAUUUACAUCGGGGCAAAUAUCGCACUCGCAAUAUGAUGGUGCACGGCACGGUGUGCGUGUGCAAUCUUCCCAUUCAAGGGACGCCUCCUCGCGAUGAUUACAAGUACACGUCUGGAAUCGGUUCGCAUAAAUUCCACACCAGAGCAGAGUCGUGGAACAAGGCGCGAAAAAUUUGCAACGAGGAAGGCGGGCAUUUGGCAAUUAUCAAUUCCUACGCGGAGCAACGGGUAUUAAUGCAACUGUUUAAUCAAUCGAGCCCAGUAAUCGGUGGCGGCUACGUCGACGAAGCCUUUCUGGGUAUACACGAUCUUUAUACGGAGGGCGAUUGGGUCACGAUACUCGGCGACCCGCUCGCGAAAACAGGCUUCGACGUAUGGAGCGAUAAGUGGGGUGGACAGCCGGAUAACGCAGGUGGAGUGCAACAUUGUGGAGCGAUGUUAAUGGAUGGAACUAUGGACGAUAUCAAAUGUGACGUACCAUACGGCUUCUUCUGUGAAAUACCUGAGACAUUGCCUUUAAUGCAAUCAAAAGAGAUGUCGCGGUCAAGUAUUUUGGUCAAUUGUAUCAUCUUGUGCGUUGCCUUUCGAGGCACAUCUUCUGAGCUGAAGAAAAUUGCUGUUCUAAAGAUCAACAAAACCGAAAAUAUUCUGAUCGGUGAUACUUCCUGCCCUUGUGGUGGACAUCCAUUGAAAUCAUUUUGGGAGGAUUUGCCCAAUAGCAAUGUGGUUAUACACGGCACGCGGUGCGUGUGCAAUCUUGGCAGACGCGUAGAGCCUCUUCGCGAAGAUUACUCGUACAGGACUGGACUCGGUGUGCAUAAAUUGCACACCAGAGCAGAGACGUGGAACACGGCGCGAAAAAUUUGCAUCGAAGAAGGCGGGUAUUUGGCAGUAAUCAAUUCCGCCCGGGAGGCACUGAUAAUGGCAUGGCUGUUUAAUGUAUACAAGCCGUUUAAGGGUGCCUACCGUAAGGACAAAGCCUUUGUGGGUAUACACGAUAUUUUUAAGGAGGGUGAUUGGACCUCGAUACUCGGCGACCCGCUGUCGGAAACUGGCUUCUCCGGAUGGAGCAAUUUGAGGGGUGGACAGCCGAACAACGGAGGUGGAGGUAAAGUGGAAAAUUGUGGAGCGCUUGUGUGGGAUGCCACUCUAGACGAUGUAAACUGCAACACACCAUAUGCGUUCUUCUGUGAAAUACCUGAGAUAACGCCUUUGUAAUCAUUUAUUUAAUCAACCCUUGGCAAUGAUAAUUUUAAAGGGAUGAUUGAUCCUCGGUGGACGAAGAUGUUUUGAUUUUUACCUGGAACGUUGAUGAGGCUCUCGCAAAGUUGUAUUGUAAUUUGAAGAAAAUGUCAAGAAAUUUUGGAACCUCUAUGUCAGUGCAUACGAUCCUUUAAUCUUUCCGCUUGCAUCUGGUGCACGUUUGUGCAUUUUUACUUAUUACUCCGAAGGUUGUACAGAAAAAUUGAAAGAGAGUUUUUCUUCCGCGAAACCAUGCAAGAUGCGUAAUGUUUAUGAAUCGUUAUGCCUGAUUUUCUUUCCGUGGGUUCGAGCAUUGCUUCACUUCUCCUUUGAGUUUAAAAUGGUAAAGACAAUCUUCUGAAUUAAACUUUUAAAAUAGGUAAAA